GACAAACACAUGAAGACAGAGAAUUUCUCUGCCGUGACUGAAUUCUUUCUGGUGGGGCUUUCCAGAUACCCAGAGCUCCGACUUUCUUUGUUCAUGCUCUGCCUCAUCAUGUACCUGAUAAUCCUUCUGGGAAAUAGCCUCCUCAUUAUCGUCAGCAUACUGGAUUCUCGCCUCCACACCCCUAUGUACUUCUUUCUUGGAAACCUCUCAUUCUUGGACAUCUGUUACACUUCCUCUUUCAUUCCACCAAUGCUCAUCAUAUUUAGGUCUGAGAGAAAAUCUAUCUCCUUUCUUGGCUGUGCUCUACAGAUGGUUAUCUCCCUUGGCUUGGGUUGCACUGAAUGUGUUCUCCUUGCUGUAAUGGCCUAUGACCGGUAUGUGGCCAUCUGCAAUCCACUGAGGUAUCCCAUCAUCAUGAACAGGGUACGAAAUGUGCACAUGGCCGCGUGGUCCUGGAUUACAGGCUAUAUGAUCUCCCUGGUGCAAACAACCAUGGCAAUGGUAUUGCCUUUCUGUGGGAAUAAUGUCAUUGACCAUCUUACCUGUGAAUUGCUGGCUAUUCUUAAACUCAUAUGCUCAGAUAUCACCAUUAAUGUGCUUAUCAUGAGAGUGGGAGGUAUCAUUAUACUGAUUAUUCCUCUACUAUCAAUUUCAAAUUAG